AUCGGGCUGGACUCCGGGCAGCGGCACAUCGGGCUGGACUCCGGGCAGCGGCACAUCGGGCUGGACUCCGGGCAGCGGCACAUCGGGCUGGACUCCGGGCAGCGGCACAUCGGGCUGGACCCCGGGCAGCGACACAUCGGGCUGGACCCCGGGCAGAGGCACCGGGCCCCCAGGCGGAGCGGCAGGCACCGGGCCCCCAGGCGAAGCGGCGGGCGCCGGGCCCCCAGGCGGAGCGGCGGGCACGGGGCCCCCGGGCGGACCGACAGGCUCGGGGCCCCCGGGCGGAGCAGCGGGCACAGGGCCCCCGGGCGGAGCGGCGGGCACAGGGCCCCCAGGCGGAGCGGCGGGCACAGGGCCCCCAGGAGGGGCGGCGGGCACCGGGCCCCCAGGAGGGGCGGCGGGCACGGGUCAUCAGGCACGACGGCGGGCAUCGGGUCACCAGGCAGCAGCGGGCACCGUGUCAUCUGGCAAGGCAGUGGGCACCGG